AUGGGGAGAAAUCCCUCUUACAGACUGGAGGAAAAUAAAGAUUGCAUGCGCCAACUGGGCCCAUUGGCCACACUAGCAUUCCUGGUCUGGGUGAUGGAUGGGGGACAGAGGGUCCACUCACCGAUAAACCCUAGGGAUAUACAAGCAAUUGUUAAGGCAAUUGCAGAUAAAGGGCUUAACUCAGCUAUGGUCUCCACCCUUAUAGAUGGUGUUUUUGGGGGAGACGAUAUGCUCCCAUUUGACAUAAAACAAACCUGUAGACUAAUUUUUGACGGAGCAGGGAUGAUUGUUUUUAAACAAGAAUGGGAAGAUAACUGUGCAAGACAACUAGCUCAAGUAAUUGGGGCGGAUCACCCACUACAUGGUUCCAGCCUGCAGCGGCUGAUGGGUACAGACCCAACAAUGAUUACCCCCCAAGCACAGGCCCUGGGCCUCCAGGCCCAUGAAGUUAUGACAACUACUUGUGCGGCCAGGGAUGCUAUUUGCACAGCCUCUAAAGUUAUUGUUAAGCCAUCGCUAUGGUCCACCAUAAGACAAAAUGAAAGUGAGAGCUUUACACAAUUUGUAAAUUGCCUCCAGGCAGCAGUCGACUCCUCAACCCUGCCUGCGGAAGCGAAAGGCCCGGUUGCCACCAAGGCGGCCCACAAAAGUGUGCCGGCCACAGGCGGCGACCAGGCCGGCACGGUGGUGCUGUACAAGAUCCGCCGCUACCGGAAAUCCAUGGAGCUGCUGAUCCGCAAGCUGCCCUUCCAGCGCCUGGUGUGUGAGAUCAUGCAGGACUUCAAGACCAACCUGCGCUUCCAGAGCCCGGCCGUGGUGAGCGAGGCCUACCUGGUGGGGCUCUUUGAGGACAUCCAGCUCACCCGGCGCAUCUGUGGGGAGCGCGCCUGAGGCCGCAGCUCAUCCCCCUUUUCUACCUAUUAGAAAAGACUAACAUCAUGUUGGUAGAGCACCAACAACUGUUAUAAGAAUGUUCUUGUUCAGAGCACCUUAUGUUUUCUAUUCGAGUUUUCUAUUGAAGAUUGUUAUAUAUUGUUAUAUUUUACCUAAUUUAAUUGUGCA